AUGUCCCGUCGACCUCCGUCCGACGCCUUCACCCGCUUCACCUCGACAACACCGCACGCUAUGCAACGGCCUGCAACCACAUUCACCUACCAGCCAGCGUCGCGGCCGGCGGCGGACCCUCGACUCUCGCCAUCGUCCUCUUCAUCAAAUCCUCAACCGCCUCGUUCUCAGGGUCAUCCUGGCGAAACGCCACAAGAAAGAGUUGCGCGUCUACGAGCGGCUGCCAGAGCCGCAAAAGAACAAGCGGCCUACUCACCAGUGGAACGCGUGAUUGAGGUGGGCCGCCGCUGGGCGGACCGCGCCCACCGCUUCACCACGUAUGGAUUGCUUCUGUUCGCAGGCGUUUCCACCGUCUUUGCCGUUUAUGGGACCACCAGCCUGAUCGCCCACAAUCGCCGGCAGAAACGGGCAUGGAUUGAGCGUGAGCUAGACCGGCUGGACGCGGCCCGUCAGGCCUUCCUACGUGGCGAGGCCAGCGCCGAACAACUGCACCUCUUGGAACAGGAGCGCGCGGGCCAAGAGAUGGACACGGCGAGGAAACACGAGGCCGAGAGAAAGAAGAGCGAGAGUUACUGGAGCAAGCUCAAGGGACUGGUUGGUGUGCAGAUGGCUAAGGGUGAGAUGGGCCAGGAGACCGAGUCGCAGAAGUUGGAGAGAGAAGCCAGACGGGCCAGGUGGCAGCAGCCACAAACAGCGGAACAAGGAUUUGUGGAAGGCGAGGUACGACCGGUGACCGUUGCACAGAGUGGUGUCAAGGGUGUCGGCGUCGACUCCAAGGGUCGACCGGUCCCGGCGAACACAGUGGAAUAUGUUGCCAGCCACGGCGAAAACGAGAGGAGGAGCGAGGGGAUUGAAGCCACGGUGCACACGGGAGCCAGAGGCGGUCCACUGGAUGUCCUCGCCGACAAUGUUGCGGAGGCCGUUAAACCCUCGACUGAAAGCCGAGGAUGGUUGAGUUGGUUCAGAGGCAGCAAAUCCUAG